CACGCUAUCGUUGAGAAAUCCUUCAAAAGUCUCGUGGGGGCCAGUGACACGGGACGCAAAUUUUCUCACACACUUAUUACCUCCGUUGUCCGGCAGUCGACGCGUUGGCAGGGGCGAAUCUCCAUCAAUAUGGCGCUUCCAGUGCGCGGGUGCUUAGGUAUAUAUAUAACACCAGCUAACGCAACCCUUUUACUUUCCGCCCGCUGUCCUCAAGACCAAUAGCUUCUGCACAAGUUAGCUUAUUGAGCUUUGGCUGCUCACGUUUACCAUGAGUCUCACUGCUGGUGGCCCACAGCCCACGGCUGGCAUCGAGCCAUCCCCCACGGAGCUCGACGCGGAGAAGAAUGUCGGUCACGGCACCGGGUCUAUCGUCGCUGACCCGGACACCAAUGAGGUGGACAUCGAUGGCGAGAAAGUCCAGGGUUUCCAGAGGGGCGUUGAGCGCGUCCGGGUCAUCACGAGCAUUUGGAGCAAGACCACGCUCAUUAGCAUGUUUGUUCUGCUGUACCUGAUUCAUUUCGUCGACAUGCUGCAAAAUUACAUCGAUUCUGGUCUCAACCCGUACAUCACCUCAGCUUUCGGAUCCCAUGGCUUGCUCACCGUCGGAACCGUCAUCUCCACAGCGCUUGGUGGCUGCGUUCCUCUUACCAUGGCCAAAGUUAUCGAUCUCUGGGGUCGCGUCGAAGGCUUCUGUCUGAUGCUUCUAAUCUGUGUUCUCGGCAUGAUCGCCAAGGCUGUUUGCACCGACGUCCAAUCAUACAUUGGCGGCCACAUCCUCUACUGGACUGGCCACAUCGGUCUGCUGUAUGUCAUCGAUGUCAUGUGCGCCGAUAUCACGUCUCUCAAGAACCGCAUGAUCAUCUUCGGUAUCAACCAGACCCCUAGGAUUGCCGCCACUUUUGCUGGACCCGAGCUCGUUGCAAAGUUCUACAACGGCCCCGGCUGGCGAUGGGCCUUUGGAGCCUUCAUCAUCAUUCUCGUCGCUUGCAGUGUUCCUGCGAUGGCUGUCAUGCUCUACAUGUACCGCAAGGCCCGCAAGUCCGGUUAUGCUCAGAAGCAGCGGUCCGGCCGAAACGUCAUCCAGUCCAUUGCCCACUACGCUAUUGAAUUUGAUAUUCUCGGUAUCAUUCUGAUCAUGGCUGCCUUUUGCCUCUUCAUGCUGCCGUUCACCCUCUCAGCCUACGCCCCCCAGCAGUGGAAGACUCCUUACAUCAUCGCCAUGAUCGUCCUCGGUAUCCUGCUCUUCCCAACUUUCGUCUGUUACGAGAGGUACCUGGCGCCCGUUCCAUUCCUUCCGUGGAAGUACCUCAAGGAGCCCACAAUUGUUGGUUCUUGUAUCCUCUACAGUGUCAUGUUCCUCUCCGUCUUCUGCUGGAACGCCAUGUACAACUCGUACUUGCAGGUUGUGCACAGGCAGAGCAUCGAACACGCCGGCUACAUUCUCAACUCCUUCUCCCUGACCUCGUCUGUCUUUGGUCCUCUCAUCGGAAUGCUCAUCAGCUACACCGGCAACUUCAAAUGGAUCGCCAUGACUGGUGUACCCAUCACCCUCAUCGGAACCGCUUUGUUGAUCCCUUUCCGACAGCCCGACUCUCCUGUCGGUGUCUUGGCUCUUACCCAAGUGCUUGUUGGUCUCGGAACUGGUAUCUUCGCUACCUGUGGCCAGCUCGCCGUCAUGGCGCCUGUUUCUCACCAGCAGAUUGCCGCCGUCAACGCGCUCUGGGGUCUCUUCGGUGGCUUUGGUUCUUCCAUUGGCUAUUCGAUCGCCGGCGCCAUGUGGAACAACAUCACCCCGGCAAAGCUGCACGAGCUCCUUCCCGAGGGCUCCAAGGACCAGGCUGCUACCAUCUUCGGUAGCAUCACGGUGCAGAUGUCCUUCGCUGACGGCACUCCCGAGCGGGCCGCUGUCGUUGGCGCAUACGCCCACUCUCAGCGCUUGAUGGUCACUACCGGUGCUUGUUUCAUCCCUCUUUGCGUUGCCUCCAUCUGGAUCUGGAAGAACAUCAACGUCAAGAAGCUGGAGGCUGAGCAGGGCAAGCAGACCAAGGGGAUGGUCUUUUAGACGGUAUUACGGGUUUGGAUCAAUAUAUAGAGAGGGGUUUCAGUCUCAGGUCGCUCGUAAUGGUGGAUGAGACGUGCAUACGCCUAAUGAUGUAUGUUGGUACGAUAGGAAAGCAUAAAAUCAUACAUUGUACAUUCGUUGUCUUGCAAUAAAUUGUCUCUCAAUA